AAAUCCAUCACAGCGACUUUCAGGAGAGUAACUUAAUGAAACUAUAUACCAUCGUACAGUUUUUACCAUUUAACUUUAUGAGGCUUACGAGCAAGCCGAUAAUUUUGGGGAACUAUUUUGAUGUUCUUUUCUUAGUACUUGUAUCUUUUACACUUACCGUACCACGAACUGUCAAUUGAACAUUGAAGCUGAACAGCAACCAAAAGGCAUCUAAUUAUAUGCAAUUGACAUUCUUUUUAAAGAAUUGUUUAUGGACGCUGCGAAACGUUUGGAGUUAUGUCGGGAAACACAACAGAAUGAAAUCGCGGCUUUAAAGGCAAUUUUCAUGGACGACUUUGAGGAGUUGAAAUCUAAAAAUGCUUGGAAUGUAUCCAAUGGAAGGGUCUUCGCUAUUCAUUUAUGUUCUCGUAGUGCGAGUGCGAAAAGCAUUGCGAAAGUUGAUCUCCAUAUCGAGUUAGGAAGAAGCUAUCCCUAUGUCAAACCAAUAGUAAAGCUUCAGAAUGGAGAAAAUGUAUUAAAGUCGCAGAUUCGCUUUCUGCUGAAAAAAUUGGAUCAGAAAGCCAAGGAAUUAUUGGGUGAAGAAAUGAUUUUUGAAUUCGCUAGUAUAGUCCAGGAAUAUUUAAAUGACUGGCAAUCUGAUCUGUCUUCACAAUUUGCCAGUUUGGAAGAAGAGCGUGCUGUACAACUUCAACAAGAUCGAGAGCGUGCUGAAAUGGAUAAGCAGUUAAAACUAGAAAGAGAGAAGGAAGCACUUUACGAAGAAGAAAAGAUUUUGCAGAAUAAGAUUCGCGACGAACUUCAACGCCGUUCUUACGAUUCCCCUCAAUCUCCCAAAGAGAAACGGAAGGAUUAUGUUACCAAAUUGACUUUCGAUCGGUUACCUUCUUCGGUUUAUUUUGACUGUUCCAUUUCUGUAAAGAACUACCAAGAUUCUCUUGUAGAAUUUCAUGAGGUUAUCCCGUUAUACAGGAUAUCUAGCUCUCCUCUUUCCACCCUGGCUCUAGCAAAGGCUCAUAUCGAUGAAGCACUUUUACCGGAUUGCAUCUUCAUGCUUAGAAUGGUAAGGUUUACCAAUCCUUACUAUAGUACUGAAGCUGGCAAGAAGUCAAUUCAAGAUUUGGAAAGCGAACUGGAAGAUUUAAAAGUCAUUCGACAUGAUUUGCUGGCUUCCAUCUACGAAUAUCAAUUGCAGCGUGAAGUAGAAAACCACGGUUGGCGUCUGUAUAUAUUACAAGAAUACUCUAAUAAACUAACUUUGGCUGGUUUGUUACAAACCAUUGUGACCUUGGACGUGGAAACUGUUAGAACGUUUUCUAAUAACAUUUUAGAAGGACUUGCCGAACUACAUCGACUAGGAAUAUCUCAUCGUAACCUUCAUUUAGACAAUGUCAUUUUAUUCCAAUCUGGUCAUAAAACUUUCGCUAAACUUAUGGAUUUUUGCUUUACGAGAACUUUACGAGAUAUGAAUGCUUCAUCUCCUUUUAACGCAGGAUCUCAAUCUAUUCCUGGAAUCUUGCCAGACGAUUUAUAUCCACCGGAAGUUAACGAAUCCUCUUUCAUGUCUGCCUCUCGAAAAACUGAUAUUUGGUGCUUUGGACUAAUGGUUUUACAAAUGUUGUGCGGUAUGCAUGUUUUACAGAAGUUCUCUUCGUUAAAGCUUUUAUUCAGUCAUGUCAUACCUUUACUGCCGGGUCCGUAUCAGGAACUUAUACGGCGUUGCUUAAUGCGGGAUCCUAAGAAAAGGCCGACAGCCACUGAUUUGCUUGCAAGUCAGGUAAUCAGACUGGGAACAUCUAUAUUGUCUACAGUGGAACAGGGUUCAUUGGGAAAAAACCCUCGUAUGUCGUAUGGCGGGCAAGAUGGAAUCAUUGACAUGUUAUAUAGAAAAAGCGUCUCGCGCUACGAAACUGAUUUUGAGGAAAUUGAGUUUCUUGGUAAAGGUGGAUUCGGUGAAGUGGUUAAAGUAAAAAACCGCAUUGACGGACGAUUUUAUGCCAUCAAAAAACUCUUACUUCACAACAACGACAAAGAGAACAGCCGAAUUUUACGAGAAGUAAUGACUCUUUCACGUCUUCAUCAUGAUCACGUUGUUCGGUAUUAUACUGCAUGGGUGGAAACUGAUACUAGCGAAAAAUUAAAAGAAUCCGAUUCCGAAGAAGAGUCAUUUGUUCCUUCGUCAAGAAUAACAAGCGAUUUACAGCAAUCAAGUAGAUACACCACAGACGAUUUGUCAGACCUCGAUAUACAUUUUGAAGGAGAAGCUUCUAGUCCAAAAAGUUCUGAAACGUCUUCAGAAACAUCAUAUUCCACUUCGAGUACUUCUGAAGAUCUAAACUUGCGUAAAAGUGAAAGUGAUAUUCGAACGAUAUCUACAAGCAAAAGUGGAGAGCCAAAUCUCAACGCUACUUUAUAUGUUCAAAUGGAGUACUGUGAAAAGCUUUCGUUACAAGAUAUCAUUAGAGAAAAACUUCAAGUCGACGAAAUCUGGCGUCUGUUUAGACAGAUUCUCGAAGCUUUGGCGUAUAUCCACAGCCGUGGAAUGAUGCAUCGUGAUCUUAAACCCGGAAACGUGUUUCUAGAUGAAAAUCGAAAUGUCAAGUUGGGAGAUUUUGGGUUGGCGACUGACAACGAGCCCAGUCAGGUUAUCAAUGAUAAAUCAAAGAAUAGAAAUGCCGAUGAUGGUGAGCUUACUUCGGGUGUGGGAACGGCUCUUUAUGUUGCACCGGAGCUCCUCAAGAAAACCAGUGGUUUACACUAUGAUGCAAAGGUGGAUAUGUAUAGCUUAGGCAUAAUAUUGUUUGAAAUGUGUAUGUCAUUUUCAACGUCUAUGGAACGAAUCCGAUUAAUCGAUGCUAUUCGGUCCCCUUUUAUUAUAUUGCCCGAUAAUUUCCCCUUCUCUUUGACGAGUCAUGAAUACAAAGUAAUUCAUUCCCUAUUACAGCAUGACCCCGCCAAAAGACCUUCCAGUCAAGAACUACUAGAAAGUGAGGCUAUACCUCCUAAAGUUGGCGAAGAAUAUAUACAAGAAGGUUUAAAGUUACUUUCAAAUCGUAAUAGCCCCUACUAUUCGAAACUAUUGAAGGUUCUCUUUAGCCAAGUUCCAGAUAGGCAUAAAGACUAUACUUAUGAUUUCAACUUGUCAGAAGACGACAAUGCCAUAUCUAGGGUCUUGGAGAGAGGCUGUGAUAGUCUUUUUGCUGGAUUGGUCCGAGAUCACAUAGUUCAAGUAUUUAGAAGACACGGUGCAACGGAAAGAGAGUCGCAGGCAUUGUUUCCAAAAUCUACUCAGUAUGGUGAAAACAAAGCUCUGGUUUCAUUGUUGGAUAAAGCUGGAACGCUUUUACAGCUUCCGUAUGAUACCAUAUUGCCCUAUGCAAGGAAUGUAGCCCGUAAUGCUGUCGAAGAGGAAAAAACAUAUUUAGUUGCAGACGUUUACCGAGAAUCUUACGGUGGUGGUAAACCAAAAGCGAUCAAGAAAAUUUCUUUUGAUUUGACUACGAAUUCAGACAAUUUAGACUGGUUUGAUGCUGAAUGUAUAAAAGUUUUGGAUGAAGUGUUGCUUGAAAUUCCAUCCUUAGUUAACAGUUGUAUCUGGAUAAACCACGCCGAUAUCUUUUCUGCAAUUCUUGACUUUUUGCAAAUAUCUAGAGAAAAAAGAAACCGGACAAGUCAAAUACUCGGCCAAAAGAACCAAGGGUUUUCUUUCUCGCAAAUUCGAAACCAGCUCAGAAAUGAAUCUUUAGUACCCUCAACAACUUUGGAUGACUUGAAUCAGUUUGAUUUCUGCGUCAAUUUUGAAGAGGGUAUAAAUAGAAUUAGAAGAAUUUUUGGAAAAUCGAUGACCAUAAAAAUGCGCAGCUCUCUGAAUUAUUUAGAAAAAGUUUGGUGUUUUUUGAAAGGGUUGAAACUUUCGCAUCCGGUUUUUUUUGUUCCGCUCAGCGUUCAUAGUCAUGAAUUUUAUGAAGGGGGUAUAAUGUUUCAAGCAGUACACACCCCCGAAAAGGCUGAGCUCUUGUGUGCUGGAGGAAGAUACGAUAAGCUUGUCAGAUUGUUUGAUCCUCCAUUAAUGAGAACGACUAGGAGAAAGCAUGUUGUUGGUAUGAGUUUAGGGCUGGAGAGCAUUGUUUCUUCCGUAUCGCGCUAUAUUCGUUUUCAUUCCAGGAAACAGUCGAAAGUACAAACCAGAUCACCUAUAACAAAAACAGUAGGCUCCUGGUUACCUCGUCGUGUUGAUGUUCUUGUAACAAGUAUUGGUAAGGACUCCAUAAUGGAAAAGUGCGCCUUACUUCAGGAACUAUGGUCUUUAAACAUUCGAGCAGAUAUUGUUUUACGAGGUGCUACUAGUUUGGAAGAGAUAGUGACGCGCUACAAAAGUGAAGGGGUAAAUUGGGUUUUAGUGGUUAGGCAAAAAAACACGCAAAUGGAACACUCGGUUAAAGCUCGAAAUAUAAUGAAAAACGAAGAUGAUGAAAUCAAAAUAGAAGAAGUUGGCGUUUGGCUUUUAGGAGAAAUUAAUGAGCGAAAACGAAAUGAGAACUUAUCCCAAACAAGGCAGGUGAUUGAUUCUGAUAUCCAAGACUAUGCGAAAUACAAUGAUUCUUUAUCUGAGACAAAUUUGGACGUACAGCUUGUUCCAUUAAAAGGUGCCAGUGAUAGAAAAUACAAAUGGAAGCACAAGCAAAAUGCAAUGAACAAAGUCUAUGAUCUUGUACAAUCAGCAAUACAUGAUAGUACUAAAGAUGCCUUGGCGUUGGCGGUAGACUGUGAUGCUCCAGCAAUGCAAAGGCUGAAAAGCACCAGUCUCAAAAAUGAAGAAUCUUGGAAAAAGUUGGUUGACAGUUGUCCUGCUUCUCAAAGAGAGUAUAUGCAAAGACUUCAAACGAAAUUGACAAAUUUAGCUGAGAAAGGAAGGAACCGAGUUUGGAUUUGUUCUUUUCGAACCAACGAAAUAUAUCUUUAUGGUCUAAAUUAGUUAAUGUUAAUAGGGUGAAACAAUUUAAUUAUUUAAGCGGAAUUCAUCAUCUUGCUAGUUGUAAAUAAUUAGAGCUUGUAGAAUAGUAAAUAAUGAUUUUUAAG